GUCCUCUCUGCUUCACCUGUUUGUACAUCUGCAAAAUAGACUUUCCCCAUCUUUAUUUUCUGCCUCUGGCAUGUAUUUUAAAUUGGGAUUCCUAAAGUCUGGUUGUAGACAUACCAUGAAGUGCUGUCAAAAGUGGCUCUAUAUUUAAAUUUAGAAAGGGGGAAAUGACUCCAUUUCUCACAUUUCUGACGUGACACUUCAUUUCUCGACAUAUUUUCAUCCUGUUGGUUGUGAGUUUUAUUUAUUUAUUUAUUUUUAUUUAGAGGAAGGGUCGUCAUGGAGGAGUUUACCCACCGUUUGAUUUGCCACUACAUCACAUUAUUCCCAUUCACCACAGUCGCAGUUCAAAUGUCUAAACGGCUCAGCCGGUCCGACCUUGAGUCACGUCUCCACAGUAGCUUUUCAACAUUGUCUAUACACGGAUUUCCAGUCUCUUGGUUGUUGAAAAUAGCUUGGCUGCUCCCUGCCCGCUAUGGUUAAUUCCUUAGGAACCGGUGGAUCCAGUUUGAUCCAUCCCUCUCUUUCUUUCCUUUACCAACUUGUUGAGUCUUCCUCCCUCUCGGUGUUCCUACUGUAAAAGUGUAUGAAUGUGUGUGUGUGUGUGUUUGUGUGUGUGUGUGUGUGACUUCUAAAGAAAUGUCGCAAGUUUGAAUCGAGUGCGUAUGUGGAGCUCGAUGGGACGGUGUCGGUGUCGCUUUUAAGGUGGAGAAGACGACGGGACGCGCGCAGAAGAGGCUUUGACGCAGCAACAAGUCACCUGGAGGUGGAGACAACUUACCAUCCCCUCCCUACGUCUUUGACUGAAAUCACCAACUAAUUUUGCACAGGGGAGACGCUUGAAGCACUCCAAACGCAUUUGAAAUGGAGGCUUCUCUUGGCUACUCUGCUAGUAACGGCCAAUGCUCUCCCGGUGAGGAGAACUCGAGAAUGUUGGUGGAUAUGUCAACACAAAAUGGACAGACAGUUCCUCAGGGUCCUAAUUCCCCUAGUGAACUGACAAUUAAGCAAGAGGAAGAAACAGCAGAGGAGGCUGACAACAGAAGCGAAGAAAUAGGCCAAACAGGGGAGGAAGAAGUAGCAUUGGAGGAAUCCAUGACUGGCAGCCCGAACAAUGUACACGAUGAAUUAUCUGGACCGAACGUGACAGCUGAUGCAGGAAGUCGACAACCAAAUGGUGACAGGCCGUUCCAGUGCAACCAGUGUGGCGUCUCGUUCACCCAGAAGGGAAACCUGCUGCGACACAUCAAGCUGCACACAGGCGAAAAACCCUUCAAAUGCCCCUUCUGCAGCUACGCCUGCCGGCGGCGUGAUGCCCUCACCGGUCAUUUGCGCACUCAUGCUGUUGGCAAACCACACAAAUGUAACUAUUGUGGACGAAGCUACAAACAACGCACUUCACUGGAGGAACAUAAAGAGCGCUGCCACAGUUACCUGCAGGGUAUCGGAUUGGACCCGACUGCCAGCAGUGGCCCUUACACAGGUGAGGUUCCUACAGAGUCGAGGCCUAUGGCAGAGGCCAACACCAUGGCUACAUUUGACCGGCCGCCUGUUAUUGAAAGGCUGCACAACAACGUGGGCAAGAGGAAGAGCACCACUCCCCAGAAAUUUGUGGGUGAAAAGAUGUUACGCUACAGCUACCCUGAUAUAGGCUACGAGAUGGGCCUUAAGUUUGAGAAGCAGGCUGAACUGUUGCCGGCUCACAUGAUGGACCAGGCUAUCAGCAAUGCCAUCACAUACCUGGGAUCAGACAACCUUCGGCCCAUGCUCCACCAUCCAGGUCCCCCUCUCUCUAUGGCCGACGUGGUGCCCUUGGUCAACCCCCUCUUCCACCAUGUCCUGCCAAUUGGCCAACGAACAGAGCGCCCAGGAAACUGUGACACGCUACCAUCUCAGCCCCAUGACUUCCCUAGACAUCCCACCACAAAUGGCCCUACAGCUUUAACCAGGCAGGGCAAGCUGAAAGUGCAGGAGGAAUCUCCCAACAACAGUGGACUUGACUCAGCUGACUCAGCUCGCAGCAGCCCUCAAGAGAGGCAGGGCUACCAUGGGAGCAACCCCCCUCCCAGCCUCAGGUCUAGAGCCAGUCCAGCAGUGGUCUAUUCAGGGGAGCGGGCAACAGAAGCUUCACCUAGAAGUGGAGCAGGAAUGGGGACUGGGAUAAUGCGAGUGGCUACAGAAAGGCCUAUGAGCCAGGAAGGGGUGCGGGUGUUUGGACGUGAGGGCCAGGAGUUGCGGGCCUUCCAGUGUGAGCACUGUCGGGUGCUCUUCCUGGACCAUGUCAUGUACACCAUACACAUGGGUUGCCACGGAUACAGAGAUCCACUGGAGUGCAACAUUUGUGGUCACCGCAGCAAAGACCGCUACGAGUUCUCCUCUCACAUAGUCCGUGGUGAACACACCUUCCAAUAAGAGGAUGGGUAGGAAUUAAGGGAAAGGCAAACGAAGGGAAGGAGCAAUAGCAUGAUAUCCAUCUUUAACCCCAGACCUCUGAGACUGCACAGUUGAAUGGCACUGUAGACAAGUGUAGCACAAUCAUAGCAUAGACUUCUUUUUAAGCUACUUAUUGUGAAUCUGAACAGUUGAACAAUCAUAUGAAGGUAUGGGCCAAAGACACAUUUUCUACAUAUAAAUUAAGAUUAAUGAAGAGGAAGGAAGGUAAGUUUUUUUUUUCUUUUCUUUUAAAAUGUUCAUGAAUUGUAUAACAGAGCAGCUGUCAGACGACUUUGACUUUUUUUUCCUUCUUCUUUUUUUUAUGUUCUUGAUAUAUGUCUCUUUUUGUGCUUGUCCUGUCAUCAUGCUUUUGUACGAUGUUUUCACUCUCAAGAGGUAAUGAAAUAUUAGAACAUGUUCCUGCCUCGUGGCCUCAAUGCACUGGAUAAAAUAAAAUAAAAUAAAAUGUUUCAGUUCAACCAGAUAUAGUGUCACAGUUAACACUGGUGACGGUGGCAAAGAUUUCAGGUACUCUUUAAUUCAAUCAAAAAAUAAUAUUUUACCAUUCAUGAAUACAUGAAUCAUGGACAAUUUGGUAUUGAAUUGGCCCAUGUACUGUGGCAUAUCAUUAAUGUGUGCCAUUCCUUUUUCCAUAGCCCAUGAUGCUCAUUGUUUUCCUGCAGUGUAAUGCACAUAUUAGUAUGGUCAUCUACUGUGGUGUGUUCUAGCUGCAAGCAACUUGGCGUCCAUUUGGGCUUGAUUGGCAGUGGUGUGGGUGUCUAUCUGCUGCUGUAGACAGAAACAGCGACACCGUAUUCAAUACUUUGUUCUCCUUUUAGUAUCGCUUUGCAUCAGACUUCAUCAUGAACAACAAAUGCAGUUUUUAGGUGGGACUGUGUUUGCAUAAAUAAUAAAGUUAAGAGAACUUGGAAGCUUGUCAUGAAAUCUAUAAAGAGAAGUGCCAAUACCAGGGGCAAAUGUUAUUAAAUACAAAUAAAAACUAGAUUUACCCAUCCACAAACAAAUACUAAGAAAUAAAUGGUACAUAUAUAUACAGUUUACACUGCUUUGUAAAUGGUUCUGGUUUAUAUUAAUACCUCAUUUGUGAAGUUGGUGUAGUUUAAGACGAAGCUAAGUUAAAGCUAACUCUCUACAAAGGCUAUAUAGCUGGGUGAUUGUUGGAAGCUCCCCAUUAACAACCACUUUGUAGGAUUCAGUUGAUGUGAUAGCCUUCAUUAAUAAACUUGGACUGAUGUUAUAAUGUAUAAUGUAAUGUAUAAUAGGGCUGUUUGCCUUUGCAACACUUAAUCGACCUGCUAUGCUAGCAGCCAAAACUAGCAGUGCCAGCUAGCAAACUAUAUUUGCGGAUGUUUCAGACUAUCAAACUAUCAAUUCCUUAUUUUUUACUUACAUAACACACAUUUUUCCAGCUAUUUUGAAAAAAAUGACAUUCAUUUAUUCUUUUCAUUUGAAGGACAAGGAAGGAUUACACACAUACUGAGUUUUCUAACACAAAUGUAAUCAAAUCCACAUGCAGAGUUUUAAUAAAUUACUUAUUUUGACACUCAUAUCUUUAAGAAGCAUCUCCAGUGCAAAUGUAAUUAGGUAAAGUCCAAGUAUUAAAAACCUAUGCUUAGACUAAUUAAACUAAAAUGAUAUAUAUGAUAUAAAAUAAAAUGAUCAAAUAGUAUAUACUACUUUUUAUUUCAUGAAACUGCAUUUGUUGCUUGUAUUGGGACAUACUUCUCUGCAUAAUAAUUUCCCUCUAUUCAGUUUGUAGAACUACUGAUCAAAAAGCAAAAUCACCAUGAAAGGAAAGAAAGAAAGUAGGAAGGAAGUACACAUACGCACAAAUCAUCGAGCUAAACAAGUGUUAGCUGGCAAGAAUAAUUAAACUACACCUAAACGUUGUUUAUGUCUCCACACAAACUACUCCUCAUUCAUUUGUUUUCCUGAUGGUUUUUGUAAAGACAUUAUGGGUUUUGUUGCUUGCAGUUUGAAUGCACGGUUAGAUCCUUAAACUUUAAAGAUGAAAGUUUGUUUGAAACUGGUUGACUUACAUAUUGACACCAUAAAAUGGCAAAAGGGUGAAACUGUUGUUUUUUUUUUGUUUGUUUUUUUUGUUGUUUUUAAUGUUAGGUCAUUCAGCUACCUGACUGGAGUAUGAUGCUUUAUUACAAUGGAUACCAAAGGGUUAAAGAAGGCUUAAAAUAUAGCAUGGAUUGCUCUUCUCUGAUGUACCUCACUUUAUGCUUUAGGAAUGUCUUUUUGAUGCAAUCCUCUUUGUCAUUUAGGCUGGAUAGCUAUGUGUGUAUAUAGUAUAAAAUGCUUUUUUUUUCACUGCUUUGGUAUGAGGUCAGGUGAUGUAUGUCUGCAUUAUUGGUGCUGUUUUCUAGCUCGGCUACAUGCUUAUAUGUUUGGUUUCAAUGCCAUCUUUCAACCUAUGUGAAUGUCAUGAAAAUUACAGGGAAACAUCACAGACUCCGCACAAAAAAAAAAGCUUUUUUUCUGAGGUGCUUUAUCCUUGGCAUCUUAAUGUCUUGCAUAGCUCAGCUUUAAUUGCAGCUGAACGCCUACAAUUUACUGCAUUGUGGGAAUAGAAGGGAUUCUUGAUAUGCAUGGUGGGCAUUUUAUCAUGUUUAUUUCCUUCUUUAAUAUUAUCAAACAGAUCUUGUAUGAAUCAUCUCAUUCUCUGCUCCUAACCAACACCAUCUCAAGCGAACACACUAAUGUCCUUCACGCCUCCUCUCUCUGAAUAUCACUCUUUACAUUCCCAUAAUGUCACCACACAUUUGUAGAGGGUAGGGAGAGCAAGACAGCUUAAGAAAGAGGAAAAGUGUGGUUACCACAUAGUAGUACUCUGAAGGCAUUUCCCAACUGUAGCAUUACAAGUCACCUCUGUUAAUCUGCUCUAACAUUAAAAGCUUAUGUAUGCAAAAUGUAGAUGGUGAGAAAGGAGAUAAGCCACUUUCCAAAUCUCUUGUCCAUCAUCUAUAGUAUGAAGGAUAACAGAUUUCGCUCAAUAAAAGCUAGUUGCAGCUCUUUCAUAGUUACUGUCUCUGCCUGUGAAAGGACAGAUAAGACUGUGCUUUUUUGCAGCUGGCCAUGCACUUUAUGUCCAUGCCCUGGCAAUAGGCAGCAUUUUUUCCCCUAGUUGUUAUAUUAAAGUGUAAGUAGAGUGGAAAACAAUCAUUGACAGAACACAGGUUAGUCUUUUCUCAAAAAAAAGAAGAAAAAAAAAAGAAAAACAAUCUUGGAAAAAAAACUCGAUGUAGAUUUUACUAUGCUGUCUGAAAAAAAAAUCAUCUUUUUAUUGUAAUAGUACUUACUGUAAAAUAAGUUUGGCAUUAUUAGCUUUCACACUGGUCAACGGUUGAUUAUUGUCGAAGGUUGAACUCAGUGAUUUACUUUUCUAUGUUCAAUGUCUACUUUUUAUCAAAAGGCAGCUUUUUCUCUGUUUACAUGUUGCUUCUCUUAUGCGCCACUGGUGCCCAGCAAGCAUAAAAACUUAAUGUCUGUAAAGUAUUGGCACUGGAAAUUGUUUACACCUUGCAGCUGUGAUAUUGACUCUAUACAUUCCUCUAUUAUUAUUCCUGUAUAUAUAUAUUCAUUAUUUGAAUCCUUAUCUGUUGAGGCAGGGGUUCUCAUAAAACAGCAUUUACUGAUCCCACAAUCAAAUGUAAGUUGAUGCUACCCAGAUUUUUUUCUUUCUUAAUCCCCUUCAGAAGGAACACAAAUAGAACAAACUGUAAGGCAUAAUAUAUGAAAGGAUCUUCAAAUUAAAUGGUAUUUGUUCUCCAGGUUAUAUUUGGGCACAGACAUGUUUUUUUGUGUUUGUUUUUUUUUUUCUUUUCUUGUUCUCAUAGUAAUGUUGUAAUAAGGACAGCCUUACUUGUACACAUUCUUUAAAUGAAGCAGCCAUAUGAACACAAAAAGUAAGAAACAGAAGGUGUUUACUUGAAAAUCAGAAUCAUUACUAUUGUUUCAGAUUGAGGGGAUGUUUUUGUAAAUUUUGAAAAUGUGCGUGCUAAAUGUCUAUUUUUCUGCUAAAAUGUUCAUUCAACUAGUUUUGUGAACUUUUGUGUUUUUUUGUUGUUGUUGUUUUUGUUUUUUUGUUUUUUGUUUUUGUUGAAAAUGUUUACAAACAUGUAAAGGACUGGGUUCAGGUGAAUUGUAUUUUUUAAGAAAUAAUAUAUGAAAGGUGUAUAUUUUGGCACUGAAUAUUGAAAUUAUCCAGAAAUGUGUGCCGAUUGAUCAUCUCUGACAUUGAUAACAACUUUCUGAUGUGAGGGCUCUCAGGUAUUUACAUAGGUUGUGUAUUUCCAUGUCCUAAAAUAUGUGAUAUAUUUAUCAAAAAGAUGCACAGUAAUUGAAUUUUGUUGGUAAUUUCUUGUGACUUAAAACAGUCCAACACUGAAUGUGUUGAAGGAAGUUGGAUUAUUCAGCCCUGUUUUUUCGACAUCAGUGACAUUACAUGAAGACACACUGCUGUGAAGAACACAAUGUAUAUUUUUAAGGCAUGGGUUUCUCUCUAUUAAAGAAAUGAUUUAACUGCC